CAUGCUAAUGAAGAGAGAGCGUUUAUCACUCUUCCACUUGCUUUUCUACGUAUCGUUACUCGGCACAAUUAAAAAUUGGGACUUACUGUAACAUUAAAAUUUGUUAAAUAACAAUCGAUUUAAAUAUGACAAGAGAUAAAAUACAAAUUCAACAGAAAGUGUUAGUUGCAAAUGCUAAAUGUUGGAAUAUUCUAAAAAAGCAGGCCACCGAAUUUUGCCGCAAUACCGGAUUACAUGGAUACAAAUACAUUAGUCAUACGCAACGUUCUAAAACACAGCGGAUUAUUUGGGCAAUAGUGGUGUUUGUGGCAUUAGGUUGUGCCAUUUUUUUAAUGAAAAUGGCUUGGAAUUAUUAUGCUAUCCAUCCUACUUUGACAGUUAUUGAAUCAACACAUCAUGGAAUAUGGAAUUAUCCAUUUCCUGCAGUAACAGUGUGCAAUAUUAAUCGCAUAUCUUAUAAUUUGACUAAAAAAUUCGUUGAUAAUUUGAAAAUACCACCUGAUGUUUCAAAAGAAUAUUUAGUUCAAGAAAUGCGGCUAAUGAACGAACUAUUAAUACCAGGAAUAUUCGGAUAUGAUGUUCAAAAAAACCUUAGUUAUUUGCAAAGUAUUAUUGAUGAUAACCAUUUGUCCAUACUUAAUGUAAUGAAACUGAUAACACAAAGUUGCAGUACUUUGUUGACGAUGUGUAAAUGGAAAGGCGCAAUUGAUCAAUGUGACAAAUAUUUCAAACAAAUUCUAACACGAGAUGGUCUAUGCUGCAGCUUUAAUUAUUAUACCUUUCCAGAUACAACAACACCGGACAAUGUGGAAAGAGCUGCCGCCUGUGGAUUUGAAACCGGUUUGACCGUAGUAGUAAAUCCUGAACCAAGUGAUUAUUAUGCUUCAAUUAUAGGAUCAUACGGAGUAAAGGUCAUGAUGCACUACUCAUUUGAUUAUCCAGAUUUUAAUGCUGAACUUCAAUUAGUACAACUGAAUAGUCAACAUUUUGUGAGCGUCAAUCCUGUGGAAAUGUAUUCAAAACCCGAAGUAAAGAACUUAGCAAUUUUUACACGAAAAUGCAUAUUUAGCAAUGAGGCUGAUAAAAUGCUGUAUGCAAAUGUCAAAGAAAGAAAUUUAACUUUUACGGUAUAUUCAUAUCACAAUUGUCUUGCGGAAUGCCGGGCUAACAUCAUAAGAGCAAGAUGCGGUUGCAUUCCUUAUGUCUUUCCACAAAAUAGUAGCAGAGUUUGUGAUCUUAGAGAUAUUCAGUGCUUAAAGCAACAUAAAUCAUUUUUUGAUACUUCGUGGCCAGAGAUGAACCACAAACUCAAAAAUUUAUCAAGAACAAUAGAUAGUAUAGAAAGAGGACCUUGCGGAUGCAUACCAGAUUGCACCUUAUACUACUAUCCUAUUGAAAGCUCCUUAGGAUCUCUCGAUACUACUCUUUAUUAUAGCGGUAGCACUUUCUCCAAGGAUUCUCGUAAUGCUACCAGCAUACGCAAUCAUAGUAUAAUACAUAUAUUUUUUAACGAUUUGGUCGGUUUCCAAUAUCGACGAUCAGUCAACUAUAGUUGGCGCAAUAUUUUUGCAUCAUUUGGCGGUUUACUUGGAUUAUUUGCUGGUUUCAGCCUCAUGUCCAUUUUUGAGCUUUUGUAUUUUUUUAUAAUACGCCUAAUAACUGACGCAUGUAUACAUUCAAUGAAACGAGUGUCAUCAAAGCACCCACGUCGCUAAUUGGCUAAUUUAUUAUAAAAUAUUAUGACUCUCUCAAGAGUAAAAUUACGCUUGAAUGACUAUAGUCAAUUGCAACGGAAACUUUUCCGAAGAAACAUCAAUAUAAUAUUAUAAACAUAUAUUAUAAACAUAUAUAAUAUUAUAAAUAUAUAUUAUAAACAUGUUCAAAAA